CCAUUUCUAUUCAAGAUCUUGUCAAAUAACAUCAAUCAAUGCAGGUUUUUCCCUCACCUCUUUCCCUCCGAAAGACAUUUCCGUUUCAUCUCAAAUAAUAGGGCAUAUAAUGGUGCAUAUAUCUCUUAUUUCAGGACCACAUUAUUAUCAGGAAGGAAACUUUUCCUCCCAAGAAUUCUCUUCUUCUAGUAUAGUAAAAAUCCUUACUUUCUUUCAAGAUCAUCUCAUUUUUAACAAAACCCAGUAAUUAUAUUUGGUUUUUUAGAGAAUGGAAAUGAGAUUUGGUCCAACUGAUCUUUACCAUGCUUCAUCUAUCAUGAAGAGAAGCUGGAAAAGCCAUCAUGGAGAAACAGAAAGCACUCAUCAACAUGAAGAAGAUGAUACUUCUCUUUCUCUCUCUAGCUUGUCUAAGAUCAUUCUUCCACCUUUGGGAGUCUCUAGCUACAACCAGAACCCUACAGAGAGUAAAGGGUGGAUCAUAUCUCCUAUGGAUUCAAGAUACAGGAGCUGGGAGUCAUUUAUGGUGGUUCUUGUAGCUUACUCUGCAUGGGUUUUCCCUUUUGAAGUUGCAUUUCUAAAUGCCUCUUCAAUUACAGGACUAUACAUUGCAGACAACAUUGUUGAUCUAUUUUUUGCUGUUGAUAUUGUCUUAACGUUCUUGGUCGCUUACAUCGAUUCAAGAACACAGCUUCUGGUUCGAGACAGAAGAAAGAUUGCUGUGAGGUACCUCUCAACAUGGUUCUUGAUGGAUGUGGCAUCUACUGUCCCAUUUGAGUUAUUGGGCUACUUGUUCACUGGCAAAGAGAAAUUGGGUCUCUCUUACUCCCUGUUGGGAAUCCUUAGAUUUUGGCGUCUCAGGCGGGUUAAGCAGCUUUUCACGAGGUUGGAGAAGGAUAUCAGAUUCAGCUAUUUCUGGAUCAGAUGUAUCAGACUACUAUUUGUGACACUGUUUCUAGUGCAUUGUGCUGGAUGCUUGUACUACUUGUUAGCUGAUAGAUAUCCACACCAAGGGAAGACAUGGAUAGGUGCUGUGAUCCCAAAUUUCAGAGAGACAAGUCUUUGGAUUAGAUAUAUUUCAGCUUUAUAUUGGUCUAUAACCACCAUGACCACAGUUGGUUAUGGUGAUCUCCAUGCUGUUAACACCAUGGAAAUGAUCUUCAUUAUCUUCUACAUGCUCUUCAAUCUUGGCCUGACUGCUUAUUUGAUUGGUAAUAUGACUAAUCUUGUUGUUGAAGGAACUCGCCGUACUAUGGAAUUUAGGAAUAGCAUUGAAGCAGCAUCAAAUUUCGUGUGCAGAAACCAUUUACCUCCAAGAUUAAAAGAUCAGAUUUUGGCUUAUAUGUGUUUGAGAUUUAAAGCUGAGAGCUUGAACCAGAAUCAUUUGAUUGAACAAUUACCGAAAACCAUCUGCAAAAGUAUCUGCCACCAUUUGUUUUUGCCAACAGUUGAAAAGGUCUAUCUUUUCAAUGGUGUCUCGAGAGAAAUACUCCUGCUCCUGGUCGCUGAGAUGAAAGCUGAGUACAUUCCACCAAGAGAAGAUGUUGUUAUGCAAAAUGAAGCGCCAGAGGAUGUUUACAUAAUUGUAUCUGGAGAAGUAGAAAUCAUUGACUCUGAUCUUGAAAAGGAGAGAGUAGUUGGGACUCUGCAUUCUAUGGACAUGUUUGGAGAAGUUGGGGCACUUUGUUGCAGGCCUCAAAGCUUUACAUUUCGAACAAAAACACUUUCACAACUCCUGAGACUCAAAACAAGAGUUCUGAUAGAAAGUAUGCAGACUAAACAAGAAGACUAUGUUGCUAUAAUAAAGAACUUCCUUCAGCAUCACAAAAAGCUUAAAGAUUUGAAGAUUGCUGAGUUUCUGGCUGAGGGUGGAGAAGAAGAGGAUCCAAAUAUGGCUAUCAAUUUGUUGACUGUAGCCAGUACAGGCAAUGCUGCUUUUCUUGAAGAACUUCUUAAGGCAAAGUUGGAUCCUGAUAAUGGAGACUCUAAGGGCAGAACCCCAUUGCACAUUGCAGCAUCAAAAGGGCAUGAAGAGUGUGUAUUAGUACUUCUCAGGCAUGGAUGCAACAUACACCUGAAAGAUGUUAAUGGUAACACUGCUUUAUGGGAAGCUCUAUCUACAAAUCACCAAUCCAUAUUUAGAAUCCUUUUUCACUUUGCAAGCAUUUCUGAUCCACAUACUGCUGGUGAUCUUUUAUGCACUGCUGCAAGACGAAAUGAUUUAACAAUGAUGAAAAAACUUUUAAAACAAGGACUAAAUGUCGAUUCCAAGGACCGCCAAGGAAAAACAGCAAUUCAAAUAGCUGUGGCAGAAAAUAACAUAGACAUGGUAGAUUUAUUAGUGAUGAAUGGUGCAGAUGUCACUGCAGCAAACACACAAGACUUUAAUUCGACAACAUUGAAUGAAAUGCUGCAAAAGAGAGAGAUCGGACACCAUAUUACAGUACCAGAUGAUUUAUCUAACGAACGAUUGCUUUUAAAGAAGAAAGAAGAGGAAGAACAUGGAAAAUCAAGUUGUACAAGAGUGAGUAUAUAUAGGGGCCAUCCUUUGAUUAGGAAACAAAAUUGCAGCAGAGAAUCUGGUAGAUUAAUCAGAUUGCCAAGUUCAAUGGAAGAGCUGAAAAACAUUGCAGGUAAAAAGUUUGGAUUUGAUGCAAGAAACGCAAUGAUAACAGAUGAAGAAGGUUCAGAAAUUGACUCUAUUGAAGUGAUUAGAGACAAUGAUAAGCUUUUCAUAGUUGAAGAUCAAAACUCCUUUAUGUAACCAAAGGUUAUUAAUGAGUUUAAAUCUAUAUGUUAAGCAAUUUGUAAUGCACAAGCAUUACAUACACUUUUCUAAAAAGUGCAUACUAAUCUCACAUAAUUAAUCAAUGGAAUGUAACCUUCUUUUUUUUCCCACAGUAUGCAACAAUGUUUUUGUUUUCUCAUUCA